ACACUGAGUAAACCCCAUUCAACCCGUAUCUUGAACACCUCAACCGCAAAGUUCCUCCACGAAAUCCCAGAGCCGCAGCCAACGACAUUCUUAUGGCUAUCCAGGACAAAUCGAAAGCAUCAACAACGCCGGCGACGAUCAAAGUCAGCGACCGAGCCGGGUGGUUGGAAGCAUUAAGGUCUCAACGGCCCGUUCUCGUCCACCUCAAUGCCGACACUACAUGGCUCAUUCAGCUGCCGUAUCCCCCGUCAUCGGCCCCGCCUCCCGGUCGAAAACGCUUUAAUGUUCUCAUCGACCCGUGGUUGCAAGGCCCGCAAUCUGACGUCGCGUCAUGGUUCUCUACACAGUGGCACCUUGUCGAACCCAGCCUGAAAACCAUGGACCAGCUCAACUCAAUUCUUGCCGGCUUUGAAGACGGCUCCGAGAGUCCAAGAGUCACUGAUAAAUCAUAUAUCGACGUUGUAGCCAUUUCGCACGAAUUCACCGAUCAUUGUCACCAGGCGACCUUGGAAGAGCUUCCCAAGUCAACACCAGUGUUUGCCACCGAUAAAGCUGCUGACCUCAUCCGCUCAUGGAGUCACUUUUCUUCCGUCACCACUACCCCUGGAUUCUCCUCCGGAACGAAAGAUUGGAAGUCUGAUCUGAGCAUUUCAGGCCUUCCGCCAUGGGUCGGCAUUGGGCGGGUCAUCACCGAAGGAAACGCCCUGUAUUACCACUCGGCCAUUAUGAUCGCCUUUGACUCGGGAACUCCAGAGACGAUAUUAUACUCCCCUCAUGGUAUACAAGCAACAGACUUAGAAUGCAUUCGCAAGUCUGGGUUCUCGACACUCGCUUUACUUCAUGGCCUUCACGACGUUCGCAUCUGGAUGACAAAGCAGCUGAACUUGGGAGCUCUGAAUGGCAUCCAAGCUGUGGCUGAGACUGGAGCCCGGUACUGGGUCGCGACCCACGACGAGGCAAAGAAGGGCGGUGGUCUCAUCGCACCACUGCUUAUGCGUACGCAGUAUACGCUUAAACAGGCUGUUGAGGCUGAAGAAGCAAGGAUGCAGGGCAAAGUCCCAGAAUACGAUUUCGUUGAGCUCGGCUCAGGGGAUGGACUGAUUCUGCAGUAAAUGAGCUAAGACUGAAAGUCUUGCUAUGUUGAUGGAGCAGUCGUGCUCAAUCGGAAAAUGGCACAACCCGAUCACAUACUGGAGGCCGACAUAAGUUACAUGUGAAGAUGAAGUAUCUCACACCGCAGCAAUAAAUUAGGACACACAUUUGGAAGUUACCAGAACAAUAGCCCCUCUUGAAUGUACG